AUGGCGACUACGUACGAGGACGCGCCGGAUCACUUCAUCCAGGUCAACGACAUCCGCUUUGCCUAUCGCCGCCUCGGCCAACCCGACGGCAUCCCGCUCGUGCUGCUCAUGCACUUUAGAGGCACCAUGGACCACUGGGAUCCCGCCCUCGUCAAUCCGCUCGCCGAGCUGCGGCCCGUCGUCCUGAUUGACAACGCAGGCGUGGGACGAUCAGGCGGACAGGUGCCCAAGACGUUUGGCGGCUGGGCACGCCAUUACAUCGACGUCAUGCAAGCCCUCGGCAUCAAGCGCGCCGACGUCAUGGGGUUUUCCAUGGGCGGCUGCGUUGCCCAAAUGAUCGCCCUCGACGCCCCGCGCCUUGUCCGCUGCCUGGUCCUCUGCGGCACCAUCCCGAGCACGGGCGAGGGUGUGACGACGGCACCCACGGGGCCCUUUAACCGGCUCAAGGAUGCCAUGUCCGCCGACGAGCAGCGGGACGCCUUCCUCUCCUCCUUCUUCACCGGCUCGGCGCGCAGCCAGGCCGCCGGGAGAGCCUCAUGGGACAGGAUUAGCGCCUCCCGGCCAGACAGGUCCCCGUAUGUGUCGCCCGAGAGCGCUCGCCGGCAAGCCAUUGCGUUUGCCAAGUUCAUGGACCCGAGCCAGGCCAAAUAUGCGUCCUUUGACCGCUUGCACGAGCUCGAGCUGCCGGUGCUGAUUGCCAACGGGAGCCAUGACCUGUUGCUGCCGACCGACAACAGCAUCGUUAUGUGGAAAAAGCUGCGCCAUGCCGACGCGCAGCUGCAUCUGUAUCCAGACGCCGGCCAUGGAUUUCUAUACCAGUAUGCCGGGCCCUUUGCGGCCCUCGUCAACAAUUUUCUCGAUAGCACUAGCUCUCGAGAUAGCCAUCUGUAG